AUGAAAAAUAGAGGUGGUGAAAAAGGUGGUCUUAUGUACCCUAGCAAUGAUGUGCUUGAAAUUUGUUUCGAGACUGAAAAGCUUUUAAAGAUGUAUAACUUUGAAACUAGAGCAAUUAAUACCAUAGCAAUCCAAUCCAAAAUUCUCAAUUAUGUUUUAUCCCAUCGAAAAAUAUUUAAAUCAUUAGAGUUUCAUAGUGCUGAAAGUAAUAGUCCUUUCUCGGAUCAUGUUACACUAUUAAUUAAAUCCAUAUCAUAUACAUAUGUGAAACUUAAAAUCAGUCAUAGCUUAAGAGCUCGUAAUGAAAACCCAUCUUUAAGGACUUGGUAUAAUAAGUUAAUACUUUUUAGAGGCCAAUGA